AUGCGGUGUAGCGCUGCAGCGGUAAUUUGCUUGCUUGCGCUUCGCUGCGCAGCCCAUCCGUGUGACGAAGAGGUGUCCUCCGCAUGUCCGGAUCGGCCGGGUUCGGAGCUCGCGAGGUGUCUUAAGGACAAGUCCGAGCAUGAAAGCCCGACGGAGAUCUCCUCGGGCUGUGCGGAUUUCAUUGCAGUGAACGCCGCCUGUGCCGAGGACAUCACCAAGUUUUGCGACGAGGCAUUUUUCUCCGACGACACAGCGCUGUGUUUAAGCACCUGGACGUCUCCUGAGGAUUUAUCGAAGAAAUGCUCCGGUGUCCUCGAGUGGGCUCUGCCAAAGCCUGAGGCGGCAGAUGAUGAGGGUGGCCCUACUGAUGAGCUGGGCCUGUCAGAGAAGGACUACGCCGAGAAGCGUGAGUGGCAGGCGAAACGCAAGGCAGGCCGCAGCGCCGCCAUCGAAAAGAUCCGGCAAGACCAGAAGGAAGAGAAGGAGCUGGAAGCUCUGAAGAAGGAGGAUCCGGCUGCCUAUGCUCAGCUCGUUAAGGAACGCGAAGAAGCCAAGCGCAGCUUUGAGGAACUGAAGAAGCGCAAGCGGCUCAUGGCUGCUGCUGAGGAGCGCGAGCGCCGACAGAAGAUGGGGACCCCGGAUUCUGAGGAGGAGAGCGAGGAGGACGCAAAGAAGCGAAAGAGGAUAGAAGAGAGGAUGGAAAUUUUGCGGGAAGCGAAGAAGAAGGAACGAGUGAAUUGGCUGCCCUACGCGCUCGGCGGCCUUUUUGUUGCGUACAUCUUUUUCAACGUCCUGAAUGUCUUCGGCAGCGGGGACACAUCCAAGAAGGAUGAUGAUGACGACAAGGAUGAUUAG